CUGCUAGAAACCCUUUGUCCGAUUGAUAGCCAGGGACUGGUUUGCAGGAGUGCAAUUUCCAACGCGAGGGCAAGAAAGAUCUGUAAUUGUCUAGUACCUUCUUCCAGACUCAAAGGAAGAAAGAGCAAAGAGUCACCACUCUUACGACUGUCCAACGGCCCUCGUUCGCCUUCUCCGUGGCAAAAAGCUGCUGACAGGGUGUCUGCUCGGUGUACCUGUAUUCGAGAACUCGAUUGCCAGUUUAUUCUCCCUUAAUUCCUUCAUAUACAUUGUCUUCACCAAGAUGCGAAUCCGUGUGAGGGGUCCCUCAGGCAAAUCGACUACAGUCACGCUGGACGAUACUGCGACUGUGGAAUCUCUCAGGAAAGCUGUUACAGAAGAGACAUUUCUUUCUUCUUUCGAAAUCAAGUAUGGCUAUCCACCAAAGACCUUGAUGUUAGACCAGUACACUGCGAACAAGCUCUUAUCGGACCUGGAUGUCAAGCUCAACGGCGAACAACUCAUUAUUAACAGCACUGAGACUGUCAUCCGGAAGAAUAUAGCUGAAUCGUCACAGACUGUUCAGCAUUCGGAAAAGGAAAGUCAUCCUUCAGGAAGAGUAGCCGGAUCGUCCACAGACCAGACCAGUUCGUCACACUUAUCCCCACUAAAACAGCAGAGCCACGACGGGAAUAAAGUCUCUUCUGCACCUUUAUCCCUAUCUCGGAAAGGAAACAAAGAGAUGUCAGAUCCUCCCGAGGUCUUCCUGCCGGAUAUUGGGGGUAGCCUUGUUCUACGCAUUAUGCCGGACGAUAAUUCUUGUCUAUUUCGAGCAGUCGCCAGUGCUAUCAUGUCGAACCUUGACACGAUGACUGAGUUGCGGUCGGUGGUGGCGCAAACAAUUCAGGCAAACCCGGACAAAUACAAUAAGGCGAUCUUGGACAACAAAGACCCAGAUUCAUACUGCCAAUGGAUACAAACUGAGAAUGCUUGGGGUGGUCAGAUCGAACUUGACAUUCUCAGUCAGCAAUUCGACGUCGAAAUCUGUAGCAUUGACGUUCAAACUUUGAGAGUGGAUAGGUAUAAUGAAGGUGCCCCACGAAGAUGCUUCCUUGUCUAUUCAGGUAUUCAUUACGACAUUAUUGCCCUCAGCUUAUUCGGAAUGCCACCCGAAGACGAUGUCAAGCAGUUUGAACAACCACUAUCCGACGAGGUAUUGCCCCAGGCUGUUGCCCUGUGCCAAAAACUUCAAGAGAAACAUUAUUUCACGGAUACUGCUGGCUUUAGACUCAGGUGUGGUGAUUGUGGUGCUACCUGCAUUGGAGAAGCUGGCGCCACAGAGCAUGCCCAAGCGACUGGACAUUACAACUUUGGUGAAGCGUCUUAGCCUCAUUGGAUCCUGUAUCGACCAGCCGGGUGCUUUCUAGCAUAUCUCACAAGUGUCCACUCUGGAAAGAAUCAUUCGUCCACCCAGGAUGGACAUUUAUAAACACGAAGAAAUCUUCGAAAGGACAUCAUGGACUACCCUGCGAAUCAUGAUCCUACCUGCCACAUAGAUUGGUCAAGAAAAUAUAUCAGUUAUUGAGCCUCGUCUGCGAAAGCCCUGCCUAUCUCAUUGACUCCUUCGAAGGACUUGCCCCACUGACUCUAUAUCGGAACUAUCUCGCCCGCUAAGUUUCAGAAAGAUUUAUCCGCCGUUCUCACAGGAAGGUUCGCAGACUCAAGGACUUAUGUUUGAAGUUGCCAAACGACCGAAAGAGGUUCCGUUACUCCGACAUUCUAGGAUUUUGGCAAACCGACUUGUCGUGUAAUUCCAGAUGGUGAUUUUUUAGUAUGCCAUGCAUCAGGACUAUCUAUCAAUCAAAAGAACAUAAGAGGAUGCCAUAUAGCCGGCCCUCGGCUAAGGUAGGGAAGUACCUGGCAAGCUUUAUACGACUCGAUGCGCCCACACCAGCGACUUUGCGGGAACUAGGCUUAUUGGGGUAAUUUGUUCUCCAUUUCGGUUGGUGGCGCUGCUCCUCUUGAUGCGGUCUUUCACCAGCAAUGAUGCUCUGUGCCCGGCUUGAAAUGUGGCAGAUUCUAU